AAGAAAACACACCCCUUUGUGAGAGUUCUGGCGGCAUUUCGACCUUUGGAAGUCGUCUAUCGUCGAGCGGAGAUAGACUGAACAUCGGCAACUCAAACCUCUGCUGAAAUGUUGUUUUUCUCGUACUUCAAGGAUUUGGUGGGCAGAGAGGUGACAGUCGAGUUGAAAAAUGACCUAUCAAUUAGAGGAACUCUGCACUCCGUUGAUCAAUAUCUCAACAUCAAACUUGAAAACACCAGGGUUGUUGAUCAAGACAAAUACCCUCACAUGCUUUCUGUGAGAAACUGUUUUAUCAGGGGAUCGGUGGUGAGAUAUGUUCAACUUCCACCAGAUGGCGUUGAUAUCGAGCUGUUGCACGAUGCCACGAGACGCGAGGCUCGGGGUGGCUAAUGUCAGUUAGUUUGUAAGUUUGUAUGGAAUGGCAUGGGUAUUGAUUAAAGUGCAUUCUUUUGUGUACCGCAAUGCGUGACGGUUGUACUUCGUGAUGGUUGCCUCACAUUAUUCUGUGUUGAAGUAUUGUCGUGCAAAGAAUCCAAUGAGAUUCUAGUGAAUGGUAAUUCAAAGAAUCCAAAGGAUAAAUGAAUGGUAGUUUGUAGCUGUUAUUUUA